UGCUUCUGCGCUGCUCUUGUGGGAGGGCAGCAAGCUCCAAGAGCUGAGGGCUCUGAAACGCUGCUCUAAAGCCUGGCUGCAAGGAGGGGUCUGCUCGUCCUGGACGCCUGCUCCUGGCUGAUGAUUUGUUUCGGUGCAUGUGACAGCAUUGCAGCAAUGAGUGGAAUUUUAAAGAGGAAGUUUGAAGAAGUUGAUGGCUCCUCACCUUGUUCCUGCGUGUGGGAAUCAGAUGAUGACAUUUCUAGCAGUGAAAGUGCUGACAGUGGAAGCAAUGUCCACCCAUCAGCUUCUAAUCAUUUUACCCGUGCAUGUGACAGCAUUGCAGCAAUGAGUGGAAUUUUAAAGAGGAAGUUUGAAGAAGUUGAUGGCUCCUCACCUUGUUCCUCUGUGCGGGAAUCAGAUGAUGACAUUUCUAGCAGUGAAAGUGCUGACAGUGGUGAUAGUGUCAAUCCAUCCACUUCUAAUCAUUUUACCCCUUCAUCAAUCCUUAAAAGAGAGAAGAGGAAGAGAACAAAAAAUGUCCAUUUUAACUGUGUUACUGUGUAUUACUUCACGAGAAGGCAAGGCUUCACCAGUGUUCCUAGCCAAGGAGGAAGCACACUGGGAAUGUCCACUCGCCACAACAGUGUGCGCCAGUACACGCUUGGAGAGUUUGCAAUGGAACAGGAGAGGCUUCACCGGGAGAUGCUAAGAGAGCAUCUAAGGGAGGAAAAACUCAAUUCUCUAAAAUUAAAGAUGACAAAGAAUGGUACAGUGGAAUCUGAAGAGGCGAAUACCCUGACACUGGAUGACAUUUCUGAUGAUGAUAUUGAUCUAGACAACACUGAAGUAGAUGAGUACUUCUUUCUACAACCCCUGCCGACAAAAAAGCGAAGGGCACUGCUACGAGCUUCUGGAGUGAAGAAGAUUGAUGUGGAAGAAAAACAUGAGCUGCGGGCCAUCCGGCUGUCCAGAGAGGAUUGUGGCUGUGACUGCCGUGUGUUUUGUGAUCCAGAAACUUGCACUUGCAGUCUUGCAGGCAUAAAAUGUCAGGUGGAUCGUAUGUCUUUUCCAUGCGGUUGCACUAAAGAAGGGUGUAGCAAUACAGCAGGUAGAAUUGAAUUUAAUCCUAUCCGUGUACGGACUCACUUUUUGCACACAAUAAUGAAACUCGAAUUGGAGAAAAAUAGAGAGCAGCAAGUUCCAGCACUAAAUGGCUGCCACAGUGAGAUAAGUGCACACACUAGUUCUGUGAGUCCAGGACCCCAUCCGGUUGAAUAUUCAAUUGCAGAAAAUUUUGAGAUUGAAACUGAAUCUCAGGCUUCAGUUAUGCAUUCUCAGUCAGCCGAGGACUUGGACUGCCCUGGGGAAGAGGAGGAAGAGGAAGAUGGGAGUAGCUUUUGUAGUGGAGUUACAGAUUCUAGCACUCAGAGUUUAGCCCCUAGUGAAUCAGAUGAUGAGGAAGAGGAAGAGGAAGAUGAGGAAGAUGAUGAGGAAGAAAAAGCAGAUGAUUUUGUAGAAAGCAUGGGCUCCCAUGCUAAUAUGGUGCCUCUUCCUUCUGUCCUUUGCUACUCUGAUGGAACUGCUGUGCAUGAAAACCACUCUAAAAACGCCUCAUACUAUACUAACUCUUCAAAUCUGUAUUACCAAAUAGAGAACCAUGUUGCUGGCACUGCUAACCAGAUUGGUGAGACUUACUCAGAAAGGGAUGCUGUAAAGAAUGGUAGUCUUUCUCUGGUGCCUUACAACAUGACUUCAGAACAGUUUGUUGACUACACACGGCAAUCAGAGGAAACUUUUAGCAGCCCUCAUUACCCUUCUGCAAAUCCCUCAGUGAUUGUUUGCUGCUCAUCUUCUGAAGGUGAUAGCAGUGCUCCAUGUAACAGUUUAUACACUGAGCAUAGGCCAAGUCACUCUCAAGUGGAAUUUCACUCAUACUUGAAAGGUCCUUCUCAAGAUGGAUUUGUUUCAGCUUUGAAUGGCGAGAGUCGUGUACAAGAGCACCCUGCUGAGAAUUCACUAAACCUCCCAGAAAGGAGCAGACUGCACGAAGAGUGCAUCAAAUCACCAGUGGUAGAAACGGUACCUGUUUAAUAUUAAAAUUCUCCUAGGACUGACUUCCUGUAUUGAAAUGCACUCAAACUGGAUUUCCUAGAAUCUUACUUUUUUUAAGAGGUAGAAAACACUUGGACUAUCGUCAGUGUUCCAGACACAUUUUGUUUUCUCAAGCUACAUUGGCAGUGGCAUUGCACAAAGUCAGUUUGUAAUGUAAAGAUUUAAAAAAAAAAAACACACAACAAAAAAGAAACAAACACAUCAAACUGUCUUUUGAUAAAAAUAGAACACGUAAGUAAAAAAACACACCCAACAUAUUUCACAGUAGCCUACCUGUCAAAGUAUGUGAAACCUGCCAAGCUAUCUGAAUCAAAGCUUCACGUUUCUGAUUGUCGGGCCUGUGCAAGAUUGUUAAAAAUGAUACUUUGAAAUGAUCAUGUUUAGAGUCCUAAUUUUCAACAUAUCUGAAAAGAUGGUAAGUUUAAUGUAAGUAAUUACUGUACAAAAAUGUUUUAAUUGUUCUGUACUCUAUGUAUUUUAUUUAUGGUAGUUUAGUAGUCAUGUUUUGAUAAAAAUGAAGAGCAUGUUCAUUUGAACAGAAAAUCCAUAACUAGUAACAAAGAGCAUGUUCAAUUUUCAUCUGGAGUACCAUGUAUUCUUCCUUUUUAAAAAAUACUAUUUCCGAUAGAUUAUCUUGAAAUGCAUUUUUAAAGUACUGUUUUCUCUUUUUACUGUUCUUGACCAACAGAAGAGUCAGAAAGGGGGCAUUUGUAUCUUUUAGGAAGGUGAAAGGUAGACAAUCCUCCAUCAAAAUUAAAAUCAGUGGCAUUUUCAGAACUAGUACCCCCCUCCCCAAAGAAUGAUCUUGUAUAUAAUAGCAAAGCAGUAGCUUAAGCUUGCACAGCACCUUUUAACCCAACAAACAUUCUGAUACUUAUGCACUUUAGUGCCAUUUUGCAGUACUAUAUUAACUGUGAGAACUGUGAACUAUUUUGGAGAAAUGCCAUAGCUCCAGACUCUGAGGUAUACGUAAGAUCUCCAAAAUUCAUUGUAGAAAAUGUUUUCCCAAGUCAGGUUAAGAAUAUGCUAGUAAGUAAUUUUAAAAUAGCAGAGUCUUGCUGAUCACAGUUUAAAUGAAGCAUGGAAAAUAAUGUGAAAGUGUCUAUAUUUUCCCAUUAAGCAGUUUUUAUGAAAUAAGAAGGUUUUUGUGGACUUCUGAUUGUAUCCCAGAUUUCCAGAGUCACUCGGUCUAAUUAGGAACCAGUAUAUUCAAUGAGGGAACAUAGCUUCAGAGAUUUUAUGUCUGCUGAAGUUUCCAAGCAAAAUAACAUGCUCAUCAUAAGGAUAUCCAUUAACUUCUACUCCAUUUGUUUUAAAAUUACAUGGAAAUUAAAAUACCUACUGUAUUUUACAGUCUUUAGGUUAUUAACACUGCUUUCUUCAAGAAAUGGAUGUUGUAAAAGCCUAUUUUUUCUAUACACUGAUAAUUCUCUAUUGCCUUAUUUUGAUUUCAGAAGCUAUUUUAGUAUUUUCUUCUAAUACUGAAAUUUUAUUAUACAUCAGGUAGGUUGGAAUGUAGAUCUGUCACGUUUGCCAAAAUAAGAAUUAGCAUCUUAGUUUUUACCUGUGACAAAUCUAGAUAGUUAGCAGUAUGCAUGUAAACACAGCGUAUAUUUCAGCUCUGUAACACUGACUGUUUUGGUUAGAAGAUCUUCACAACAUCAUGUAUAGUACUCCAGUAGAAGAAUUGCCAGAUUUAAAAUAUGCUUUCAAAAAAAUAAGCUUAGCAAUGUUUUUUAAUGAGAUCUGAGUAUCUCAUUUCUUGAGAUCAGUGAUUUCUGAUUUUUAUUUUUACACUAAAUUAGCAAAAUAUUUUUACUCCAUGUAGUAACUGGAAAGUUUUUUUAUUUCUUUGUUUCCACAAGAAACCCUCUAUUGUUUCAUGUCCUUAGUUCUCUAGGGACUGAAUUCCACAUUAACAACAGACUCCAUCUCCUGGGAAAGUGCAGUGAUGUUGAUUAACUGGCUCAGCAGGCCCUGCUCCUCCCAGUUGCAGAACACCCUAAUCCCUUUCUGUACAGGCUGAGUAGCCAGGUAAAAUGCAUGUGUUCACUACUUCCAUAUAGCACAUACCCAUCUUUAUUUUUAAAGGAAAACACUUCAGCGCAUCAAAAGUUUUGCAUGCAAGAAUAAGAAUGGUUCUGCUCAAGUUAUUCGACAGGCAAACAUAACAAGUCUCUUUGUAUGUAGGUAUCUUGCAUUAACAGCAGGCUUAAAUCUGGCAAUCUCACUCAACACCAGCAGCAAAAGCACAAAUCCCUUCUUGAGUUGGGAGAAUAGCUGUGACUCAAUAACAGCUUUUUAACUUUAGAGUGUGUUGGCUACUGGAGAAUCAUGCACACUUUACCACAGUAUUACUCUCAGGGGUAAGUUAAAUGAAAUAUGUUUGUUUCAUUAUUCACCCCCUAACUGAGCAAUAAGAGGUUAUUUUCUUGGCCCCUAUGCUUUCAAAUGAUAAAUACCUUUAAUAAUAUUAGCAAGCACAGUAAGUGAUUAACUUUAUAAAAUACAUCUCAGCUAGCUUUAAGAUACUGAGAUGCUAGUUCACUAUUAUCUCUUGGCAAAAUCUUCAGACCCCUGGCCUCCUUAAUAUUAACAUCUUUAUAAAUUUCUGAGUAUACUUAGAUGUGUAUGUUUCUAGGGGCAUUGGGUAAAUACAGCUAAAUUCUCUAAAGCUUGCAGCAUAGGACAACAAGUAGAUAGGAUAAAAGCAGAGCGACUAUGAAAGAACAUUUGCUACAUUAUUUUCCCUUGCUUAAAAGUACCUAAUUCCUGGGAGUUGCAAAAUAAAAUGUGCAGGAUAAAGAUUUAUUUUGAAAAAAUAUUCUUAACUACCUGCUGCUAACGCAGACUGCAUAACCCUUCUUUUGAUCUACUGUUUUGUGAUCAAGAUUCAGUCUCAGGGUACAAACUAAAGAAACCUUGUUUAGUUCUUGCAACAAGUUAAGAAGUCAAGUCUGUUGGUAAUUCAUGGAGAUAUCCUGGUAGCUAUACUAAGAAUAUCAACAAGCCUUCUGAAAGAGAUAAACUCAUACUACGGGGGAGGGGGAGGACAAAAACACAACCAACAACAAACAAAAACAAGUAUAUUUUUUUCCAGUAUAGUUCAAUCUGUUCCCCGAACUACGAACCAGCAAAAUAUUAUGCUAAACCCUUUGUGGUCAUUUAUAAGUUAACUAGAGUGAAAAAGAAAUAGUCACAGCCCUGCCCAAAAGAGGUACGCUAAUUUAACUGUGAAAUCUAGUGUAGGCUGUAGAAACCAGGUGAGAAUUAAAGUUCCUAUCUGUUGAUUUUCAUGUAUUGUUUAGAAGACCAAAGUACUCUCCAAGUAGCGAAAAAUAAAUUUAAAUUGUGGUCUGGAGAAUUUUCUAGUCUUUAUAUUCUGGGCUAGUAUAUAAUUACAUAUGCUGCGUCCCAUUUCCCAGUUAGUUAAUAUUAAUGUUGAUAACAAGGUCCUAUCAUUUUUGGGCAAGCUUAUUUCUACGUGAUAAAAGUAUUAUGUUAUUAAGUGAUAAACAGCAGUGUUUGCUUCUAUAUAGAUAUGGCAUAUCAUUUGUGGAAAUGUUUACUUUACUGAUAGCUGUAUCAGGUUUUUCUCCUAAUGUAUUUGGCUACUGAUAAGCACUCAUAAGAAGCCAGAUAAUAAACUGGCAGAUAAUUUAUGGUUACCUUAGGUAGUUCAGAAAAAUACAUUAAAAAAAAAAAAAAAAAAGCAUGCCUCCCUCUGUUAAAAUAAAAUUGGAUUUUCAAACAGAAGAUCAAUGAAAUAGCACAUAAAACUGAAUCCCUUUUUGCCCAUAAUGUGAACUUUGCCUGUCUUCGAAAAAUGCAUUGUUAAAGUUUAUAUAUAAAGCUUUAACUGAUGUUAGCCAUAAAAGUGGAGCUUUAGUGGCAAAAUUGCAGCAAUCACAUUUUUUCCUAAGAGCUGUAAUUCAAUUCAUACCCAUUGAAACAUUUUUGAAAAAAAAACAAAGAACUGAUUAGCAAAAGUUUCUAUGAUUUCUUCUCAAAACUUUUUUUUUUUUUUUUUUUUUUUUUUAACCGGGUACAGGUUAUUUAGAUAAGAAAGGUUUAAAUUUGUAAAGUUUUACUAUUUUGCAUUUAUAUAAGUUGCUGCUAGUGAAUCAUUUGAGUUGACAUUUAUGUCUUUUAAGGCUAUUGAUUACCAUCAAUUGCUAUAAUUAUGGUUCAUUCCACUCACUGCUCUGUUAACUGCAUCAGUUAACAAUGCCAUCCUGCCUUUUGUAUAAGUUCUACAGAAAAUGCAUGUAGUAUUCAUGCUACUGUUACUCUCAGAUCCAGUUUCCAAUCUUAUCUGGGUGUUGUAUUUCAGUAAAUGUGCUAUCAAACUGAUACUGUAACAUUCCCUGCCCCAUAAUCAACUGAGAGGUUGUCUUCACUAAACACAGCUCACUUUUAAAGAUUGAAUACAUACAUUUGUAAGCAAAACGGAACGUGUUAUUUUUUUUAAAUAUUUCAGAUGUUCACGAUACUUUGAUGGAAAUGUGAUAUACUGGAUAGAGUACUUGGCUAAGACAGAGGAGACCUUUUGGCUUUGCCUUUGUCUUGCUCCAUCACUUGGAAGUGCUCUGGUUUGCAAGGUACUUGGAGAUGUUGUGAUAAAAAUAUUCUGUAGAACAGACAGAAUACUAUUUUGUCCUCUUUUUUUUCUGGAUUGGUAACUAAAUUUCUGUACUGCAAACUAAGUCACUUUCCUAAUAAAGCCCAGUCCAGCUCGGAAGUGAAUAGAAAUUGCAUCACUAAUGUGAAACAGCAAACAAAAGCAAGCUCUUUUUUUCCAUGGACCAAAUUAAUAAGCAAAAAUUUAACAAUGAAUUUUGUAAAGAAAAUCAGAAUAAAAGUUUGUCUUACCUAUUAAGUGCCCUACCUUUGAGCAGCAAGACUGUAAUUUGUCAACGACACCAUAGUUGGUAGCAACAGGCAAUCUUACUCCUCUGUGUAUCUUCUUUUGCCAGUUGAAUCCUUUGAGUUUAAACUUCUUGCUGAGGCUGGUCCUUUGGUGAAGCCAGAGUCCUCUCUCUAAGUUUAAGCAAAAGAGACAGUUGGACCCACAGUACUGUUUUAAAGGCAUUUGCAGAACAAAAAAAAUCCUGUGGUAUAACUAAUGAGUUAUAUAAACUUGUGCAUUAUGCUAGUUUAGUUUCCAAAAGCAGUCAGGACAGGCACAGAAGACGAUGAUAUGGGCAAUCCUUAAUCUUUAGGGGUGUUACACUUUCUUACUGGGGCUCAAGAGUAGUUAUAUCAUCUACUUUAUUACUGUUUCAGAACAUUUGAUGUAAAAUACUUAGAAAAGCUAGAAUUAACUGAGAGGAUAUAUUCUAUAGAAUUUAUUUCUAAAAUACUAAAUCUGAUUACUAUUUUUUUAAAUAGUAGAAAGCUACUGUUAUUUUCAAAACAUGCACAGGUAGAGUUCAUUAACAUGUUCCUUGGCAUGAGAAAUUUCAACAUUUGCUUUUUCAAUAUUUCUUAAAAAAAAAAAAAAAAAAAGUAUCUUUAAGUAUCUUAAUUUUGCUGUUCUCAGUAAUCACUGCCUAUAUGCAAAUUAUUAAUUGUCCAUUUUCUCCAAGAAAAUUCAAAGUACAAACCUUAUGAAGUGAUGACUACAUGCUAUUCAGUUGUAAAGAUAUGAGUGAACAUGUGACAUGCAUGAGUUCUUCAUAAGUGCUUCCUGUUCACGGUCUCUUCCUCCUCCUCCAUCACAGGCAGCUUUUAAUUUGGUUGUUCUGAAGCAUUGUUACCUAAGGAGGAAGAAACCUAUAAAUAUUGUUGAGAACUUUCUGUCACUCUGCUGGCUGAUAUCAAGAAUUUUAAUUACUGUAAGAACAUCCAAUUCAUUUAAAACAUCUCCAUAUUUUGCAGCCUUAGUUUUUGUUUUUUCCUUCCUCCCUUAAUCUAUGUAUCUGGGAAAGGUUUGUUGUACAGUAAGGUUUUUAAUUAAAAUCAAAUGAAUGUGAGGGCAACUCUAGUGUCCUCUGUGCAAGCUACCCGUUACUCUGGAAGAAGAGUAGAUUAUAAUUUUCACUUACGUUAGCAAGCAGACAAAUUGGAACUGUGGUGAAAAACGUCCUCUCCUCCUCAUUGGCUCUGAAUAGACAGUUAUCAGGGAGUGAUCCCAGCGGGGUUCCUACACACACUCCCUUUGCAUACACACAAACAGAAAGGAAAAUUACCCCCAUAAGCUGCCAACAUGUGGUAGGGGAUCCUCUUGAAGCCUGCAGAUCCACAGGAAGAGAGUCAUGCUUGAUACAGCAGAGCCCCAGUACAGGAUGAAAACCUAUGACUGGGGAAAGCAGAAAAACUUUACAUAAGAAAAAGUUCAUGAUACUGUACAUUGUUGCUUUUCAAUUGAGAUGAUACCAGGGUUAGGACAAAAAAUAAAUAAAGGUAAACUUCAUUUAUGUAUUCAAAUAUUUUCAAUUGAAUCUUAGCAGUGACACUUUGAUAAAACACCUGAAGAAAACUAAUGUCAAAUAGAACUAAGUCAAAGAAGUUUGCCUUAUGGGUGUUUGUCUCUAACUGUGCACUUGCCAGUGAGCCAUCAAGACUGGAUUAGCUUUUCUUGAUGGGCAGGAAAAAUGGUGGAAUGUACAAAUGAACACCACUGUUCUAAUAUGAGGAUCAAGGUAAUUCUGUUGUCUCGAGACAUGGGCAGAUACACCUUGGGGUGAGUGAUGGGUAGACAGAAAGGUCAGUUUAGAGGAAAAGGAGGAAGCAGGCAGGAGGUAGAUUAAUAAGGACUUUUUUUUUUUCUUCUUCUAAAAAGGGCAAAAAAAAAAAAACAAAUACUAUAUAGGAGAGAAUAAAAGAAUAGGGGAAAAAAAAAAAAAGGAAAGGAAAGGAACAUAUCCCCAAAACAGGAAUGGAAAAGUAUAUGCCUGUUCACUACAAGUUUAGCCAUAUCAAAUAAUAAUAUGAAUUUUGUUAUUUAAAAUAUUUUAAAGCAAAUAUGAACUUGGUGCAAAUAGAAAAUGUUGUUUUGCCAUAGAAAUUGUAUGUAGGCAAAAUAUUAAAUAAAAGACUUAUCCAAAAGCAUGGGGUAAAAACAACAAAAGAAAAUAAAACACUAGAAGCUACGCUACCAUGUCUUUUCUUUACCUAUGUCAACUGCAAAGUCAAGUUCAGUAUCAUUUAUCAGCUCCUAGACACAUGUUCCUCAAAUAACAACAGACACUAAAAGCAAAAAAAAAGAAGCAUGUGUCCUUUUUAUUAGCAUUUUAGCUUGGAAUUUUCAAAUGGGACUUCGUAUAUUAGGGUAGCUAAUUUUUCUCUACCAGAAACUUUUUUUUUUUUUUUUAAAGAACUUCUCAAGAAUGAAAUUUGAAAUCUGGAUUAUGGGCAAAGGUCAUCCUUGCUGGGGUAGUGGGGGAUUGAUUAUUGUAAAAACAGUCACCCAUUUGUGUUUUUCUGAGAUGCUGAUUGAGCAUAGGUUUUUAGUUUCUUGAAUAGAUUUGAACAUUAUGUGCACGGGCAGCUAGUUCUUCUAACAAAAAAAACCAACAAAACACAAGAAAGCAUGCUAUUUUUCUAAAUACCAUUACACACAAAUACCACCAUGUUAGUUUUCACAUAACAAUGCCCACAUAAACAAUGCUUAACAACUGGGUCCUUCUUUUAAUUGACGGAUGUAGGCACUUCUAUGGAAAUAUGUCUGAAGUGUAGUUUGUGAAACAUGUUUUAAAGUGUUUGAUGUAAAAUAAGCGCUAGACAUUUAACAGUGCAAAAAUAGUCAAAAUCUGUAGGUUACAAAUUUGUUCCUAAGAGCCUCAGCCUGUAAUAGUGUCUUAGUAAAGUCAAUCUUUUAAGUUAAAUUGCAUUCUGGUGUAAUAACCUUUUGCAAAUAAAAUGAUUAAUACAGAUGUACUGGUUAAUACCUGUUAACAUAAAAUAUAGCAGUUUUGUUAUUUUGAUUUGUUUCUAUCUACAACUAGUAGUUAGCAAUUUUGUAAAAAAAAAACAAAGCAUUUAUUACAUUUUUACGUUUAAUGUUUUCAUUGUUCUAACAAAUACGAACUAUGUCAAAUUUACACUGUCUAUUCCAAACCUUUCUUUUUUGAAGGUUCAUCUCUCUCUCUGUAUAUAUAUUUCCCCAUAAAAAUAUAAAAUUGCUUUGAAAAUUUUUGUUGGCAAGUGGUAAAUAAUAGGCCACAGCAUGGAUUCAAAAGUUGAUGGUCUUUUCAGACAUGUAAUCCAUUCAAAUCAGACUAGUAAAAUUGUGGUGUAAUUGCAGCAAUUUAUUUAAAAUUUGUACAUUACAUCUAACUUUACUAUUUUUUGAGAAAUAGAACUAUUAAGUAAUUAACAUUUUCCAUUACAGAUGAUCUUGCAUACUAAAGUUAUGGAGAUCUCAACAGUAAAGCAACAUAUUUAAUUGGACUACUGCUUUUAAACUGUUUGAAGAAGCCAAGGGAAAGAAAUUCCAUCCUAAAUCUGUACAUGGAAAUAAUUUUAAACUUCACGAACUACACAUUUCCUUAAUUAGUUUCUUCUCUUUCUUAAAUAAGUUGUAACAUCAAAGAUGCCAAAGGGUAAUAUAAGCUACAAUAAUAUUCAACAGAACUUAACCUAGACCUUAUGUUGUAAUAAUUUAUUCAAAUUAACUGUAUUCUUCUGUAUUUAUAUUUUCAGUAUUUAUUAUGAAUGAUAUGGAAUUUGAUGUAUUUAUUGUGGCUUACUACUGCAGUGUAUAUAUUACAAAAAUGAGCAUUUUUAAGUCUUAACAUUAGUUUUUUUGUUAAUUAGUGGCACUUGUAUCGGCUGUAUUUUUAUUAUAUAUUGUACAAUAUAUAUUGUCCAUUUGUUUGCAAUGAAGUAAAACAGGUUUCUACGUUACAUCAUGGCUGCCAGUGCAUUGUGCAUCUUAUUUCUACUUUGCAGUCACUAGACAUUCCUUUCUUCCCUAGCGGAAUCAGAAUUAGUACUGCACAUCCUCUCCAAGACUGCAGAACCUAUAAAGCAGCUCUGUGAAAUUUCAAGCAUUUUGCCCAUUCCUCAUAGUCUGAUAGUAUAAGAAGAAACUCUUGCAGUUUUUUGUUUUGUUUUGUGUGUUAAACCUAAUCAGCAUAUAAACAUUUAAGAAAUCAACUGAAAUGCCUCAUUUGGUAUAUCUGUUUGCCCUUUAAUGACACUACAGCACAUACUUUUCUUUGGCCAGUGGAAUAAACUACAUGAUUACUCUGCAGAUAAUCCUAUUGGUUAAAAGUUAAUGAAAGAAUGGUUUUCAACAGCUGUAGGGGAAAAAAAUUGCAACAGCUCUCUCUGGUGGCCAAUUUGGAGUAAUUUUAUGGAACAAAUCAUUUUAAUGGCUACAAUGGCAGAGAAGCUGCACUGCUAAAUUUCAGGAGAACUGCUUAAUUAUUCUGAGAAUUGCUGAUCAACAUUGCUUCAUUAAGAUUUAACAAUACAGUUUUGUGCCAUCUUUUUAAUCUGAUACUUAUAAAAACUGAACUUUACAUUUGUAAAAGGUAAGUCGUCUGCAAGUGUGGUGACAAAUUAUGUACUGCUGAAUUACUUGUAUUUACAACAACUGCUAAAGAUAUUAAGUUGUUCUCUGUGUUCUAAAAAAAAAGUUCUCACAAGAUUUAAUGUAGCAUUUGUUUUUAAUUUGUUAGGAGUUACACAUGAGAAUAAAUGAACCUUUCUUAUCAAA